CUGAUUACAAACCCAGGAUAGCCAAUUGAGUGUGCUGAGCGAAGAAGUUAAAAACAGCCUGGCAACAGCAUUGUCUGUGCCUGUCUUCUGUUUUGCUGAUUGAUGGUGGUGCAUGGUAUAGUCCUUAACAUUAUUUUGCAGUGGUUUACUUCUGUAGACACCAGGAGAACUGGACAGAAAGGCAGCAAUUAUCCAACCGUAAUAGUAAAAUCAGCAGACAGUAGAAAAACGAGAACUCUGUUUUGUUUGCUGUUCAGGAGGCUGUUUGGCUUUUGAUUUUGGAGCUUUCCGGAAUACAUGCCAGGCAGAGUCAGAGAUCAAGGGAUGCAGGCUGCUAAUGUGAGGGAACAUUUUGCUGCAACCGGAGCCUGGCUGCUUGGUAGCCUAUUGACUCGUAUCCACUCCAGGAACUGGGAAAUGGGGGAUGAGGACUCACUUGGGGGUGGCAGCAGCUCUGCAGAGGGAAGCAGAAGCAGGUGCUUGCAUAUCUCCAAGCCCAGCAUGAAGUCAGAGGAGAAGCGUCUGAGGACAUUUCACUGUUGGCCUGAGGAUGCUCCUGUCUUCCCUGCUGACCUGGCUGCUGCAGGCUUUUUCUUCAUUGGUCCAGAUGACAGAGUGGAGUGUUUCUGCUGUGGUGGUGCGUUGUAUGACUGGUUUGCCGAGGAUGAUCCUCUAGAGGAACACAAGAGGUUCUUCCCGACGUGUCCCUUCAUCCAGGGCUGGGAUGUAGGAAACCGACAGAUGACCCAUGAUGGGGAAAUCCAGGAUUGUGUCGAUGGACAGUUCCUUGGCAUGCUGCAAAGUUUAGACGUGGAAGAGGCCACUGUAGAUGGCCAAGCAGAAUAUCCGGAUAUGGAGAGAGAAAAUGACCGCCUGAUGACAUUUGAGAUCUGGCCAUCUUAUGCUCGGGUGUCUCCAGAACUGUUGGCGAGAGCAGGCUUCUUCUACACAGGCCAGGGUGACUAUGUGCGGUGCUUCUACUGUGAUGGAGCUUUGAGAAACUGGGAAGCUGGAGAUGACCCCUGGGUGGAGCAUGCGAGAUGGUUUCCGAGGUGCAAAUUCUUGCUGGAGUCCAGAGGAAGAGAUUUCAUAAACAGUAUUCAAGAAAAUUAUUUCAGUUCUCCUGUGCCUCCAGAAAGCCACUUGUAUCAGCCCGAAGAACGUCCUGGAAGCCCCCAAGCUAGUAUGGGGAACUUGUCUUUAGGUUCCUCACACCUGACCUCCAUGGUGCAAAGUGCUCUCCAGAUGGGCUUUUCCCCGAACCUGGUGACAAGCUUGGUGCAGAACAAAUACCAGCAGACAGGGGCUAGCUAUCCAUCUACAUCCGAACUGGUCUUGGAUUUGCUUCGGGCAGUGCAGGAUCAAGGCAGCCAGGCAGAGGAUACAAGAGGGCCUGUCCAACCAUCAGAUCCUUGUAGAGUGAGAAGAGAAGCAGCAACGGAACAUCCAAGUGACCCAGGACCUGCCCUGACUGUGGAGGAGGAGCUGCAACGACUACGUGAUGAGCGCAUGUGCAAAGUCUGCAUGGACAAGGACGUGUCUGUUGUGCUUGUCCCUUGUGGCCACUUGGUGGUGUGUGCAGAAUGUGCUCCUAACCUGAGACGCUGCCCUAUCUGUAGAGGGGUCAUCCGAGACAGUAUGAAGGCAUUUCUGUCCUGAGCUGGAAGAUGGAAUCUUCAGGGGUCAGUUCUUCCUCUUGAUGACUUGAUCACUGUCCACAAAGGCUUUGCCCAAGAACGCAUCCGGUGAAGAAGUUCUUGAAUGCAUGCUGACGGUCUGGGUAACUCCAGGAAUCCUUUUGCAGAACUCCAGCUCUCUCUGGAGCUAUUGGAUUUCCAUUUCAACAGUGUGAAAAGAUGGUGGGGGAAAAUCAACCUCUGCAGCUUCUUCUGGUCUGUAGGACUACCAGUGACUUUCAGGAGGAUGACACAACAUAGUUCAUAAUGCUUUUAUAGUUUCUUACUCGCUUAACCUUCUGUCCAACAUAUGUAGUAACUUUUCUUCAAGAAACUACCUUUAUGACUCUUAACUUAUUUUGGAAUAAAACUAUCUAUUUUAUCUCUUUGGGA